AUGUCUUCCGGCACCCCCUCCCACGAUGGGGACGGCCUCGCCUUCCCGUCGAGCAGGCAGUCCUUGAACGAUAGCAUCGGCGGCUCGCGCAACUCGAUGCCCCAAACACCCAAUGGCCGACCUCCCGUAUCGCGACCCUUGACCAUGAAGAUCGACGAAGAGUCGAGGUACCGUGCCAUUAUCAAGCAUCUCUAUGCCAAAGCAUGCUCAAUGCGAUGGAUGACCCCCUCGUCUGUCGCCUCUGGGUCAUGCGAAGGUGUCUUGAUCCGUAAGGGCCAGGGAGAGUACGUCUCGGAGCCUGCUGCCGUCAACAAGGACCUCCUCUCCGCAGUCAAGAGAAUCAACCCUGGUGUUGCUCUUACAAUGAGCACAGAUGGUACACAGGCCAUCUUUGACGUCCUUGAGCCCUUUGAAACCGAGUUGAUGUUCCAGAACGGUUCCCAGAUUCAGAUAUUCGAGUCCAUGGCAGAUGUCGCUACCUCUAGCACCAUCCGCAAGUUCCAGUAUGCGACCCUUAUCCGCCAGGAGAGGCUCCUGCUCGUGUGGCACGACGAACUUGGUGCCAUUCUUUCCCAGGCUAUGGAGGUCGAGUCUAGGAUCCUAGGUCUCGUUUGGGGUACAUCCAAGAACCCCUUCAGUGGUUUCGACAGUGCAGUCCAGUCCAGCGCAAACUCCACCCUCGGUGGCUCCACAAUGGAUUUCGACAUGGGUAAGAAAGAAGAUGUCGAGGUCCUCACCGAAGAAGUCGAAGGCGACCUCGAGAAGGGUACCGGUCCCAAGGAAUCGCUUGCUCGUCCCCUCAUUUUCACCAGCGCCAUCUUCAUUGGUAUCGCCAUUGGCCUGAUUGUCACCCUCGUUAUCGGCCUCGGAAACCAGGCCAUCAUCAUGGAAACCAUGACUGACCACUUUUACCCACGUAUCGCUCUCGUCCUCACCGAACCGCUGUGGGUUGUGCUGGGUCUCUUCUUCGUUGUUGUCCUCAUCGGUAAUUUCUUCGAGGUCCUCGGUCCCAUCACUGGUGUCAAGACUAACAGCCGCUUCCAUUCCGCCAUCAAGCCCAACCUCGCCCAUGCGCGCUCCCUGGGAUUCACCCCGUCAACCAUCACCAUUCAAAUGCCCAUCUACACUGAGUCGUUGGAGGGUGUCGUCAAGCCCACAGUCGCCAGUUUGCAAGCCGCCAUCUCUUACUACGAAUCUCGUGGCGGAACCGCACGUAUCUUCAUUAACGACGACGGUAUGGCGGUUCGUUCCGAGGAGGAUAACCAAAAGUUCCUGGAGUUCUACGCGAACAACAACAUCGGUUGGGUCUCGCGUCCCAAGCACAACCACGAAGGCUUCGUCCGCCGCGGAAAAUUCAAGAAGGCCUCCAACAUGAACUUUGCUCUCAACACCUCCAACCGUGUCGAAGAUGUCCUCCAGGAACUCGUCAACCAGCGUUACGACAAUGGCAACGCCUCCAUCACCGAGGAGCAAGAGCUUGCGCUGUACCAGGAAGCACUUGAGAGAGUUCUUGCUGCCGACCCUCGCGCAAAGGCUGGUGGCAACAUUCGUAUGGGCGAGAUCAUUCUCAUUGUCGAUUCCGAUACCGUUGUUCCCGAGGACUGUCUCAUGUACGGUGCCGCCGAGAUGUUCCUUUCACCCGAAGUUGCCAUUGUCCAACAUGCCACCGGUGUCAUGCAAGUCUCUUGGGAUUACUUCGAGAACGGAAUCACUUUCUUCACCAACCUCGUCUACACUUCGAUCCGCUUCUCCGUCGGUUGCGGUGAGGUUGCUCCUUUCGUCGGUCACAACGCCUUUUUGCGCUGGCAGGCUGUCCAGUCUGUAGGCAAUCCUCCAGAGGAAGAUGGCUACGUUUGCUUCUGGUCCGAGAGCCACGUGUCCGAGGACUUUGAUAUUGCGCUUCGUCUGCAGAUUGCGGGUAACAUUGUCCGACUGGCCAGUUACCACGGCCGUGGCUUCAAAGAGGGUGUGUCGCUUACCAUCUUCGACGAGUUGGAUCGAUGGGAGAAGUAUGCUUACGGUUGCAACGAACUUGUCUUCAACCCCAUGUACACCUGGCUCUGGAAAGGUCCCUUUACCAAGCUCUUCCGCACUUUCCUCUUCUCCAACAUCCAGCUGUCUUCCAAGAUUUCCAUUUGCGGUUACAUCUUCUCGUACUACGCUAUCGGAUCGGCUGUUCCCCUUGGCGCUCUCAACUACUUCCUGGUUGGCUGGCUGAACGGUGACCUGGACAAGUUCUACGUCGAGUCGUGGAAGGUUUUCAUCGUCUUGAUCAUCGUCUUCAACGGCAUGUCCAACGUAUGCAUGGCCAUCAUGCGCUACCGUCUCGGUGAAGCCAGCCUGAUUGGCGCCAUGGUCGAAAACAUCAAGUGGAUGCCCUUCUUCAUGGUCUUCUUCGGAGGUAUCUCGUUCCACAUUCUUCUCGCCCUCUGCUCGCACAUGUUCUCCAUCAACAUGAGUUGGGGCGCUACUGCCAAGGAAAAGGACAACUCCAACUUCUUCGCCGAAUUGCCCAAGAUUUGGAAGCGCUUCAAGUGGAUGUAUAUGAUCAUGAUUGCCAUGGUCGGUGGCAUGAUCUACCUUGGAUGCUUUGCGCCCCACGGCUGGUCAAUCACUGGUACCACUGCCGUCGUGCCUUGGUCUGUUACCGUCGUCAUGCAUUGCCUUCUGCCCAUUGUACUGAACCCGUCACUGACGGUCUUCAACUACUAA